AUGGCCCGGGCUGAUGAAGUUCAUGCCACAACGCUUGCCGAGGACUAUUCUCUCCCACCGGCUGAGAGAUCUGGCUUGAGACAGUUCGGCCCACCCUGGUCCAGGCAGACCCUCCUCAGCGACUCGGUGGAGAGCUCUGAUGAUGAAUUCUUUGACGCACGAGAGGAAGUGGUGGAAGGGAAGAACGCCAUCCUGCUGGGCAUGAGCCAGUGGAACUCCAACGACUUGGUGGAGCAGAUUGAGACCAUUGGAAAGCUGGAAGAAAGCCCAGGUGAAGAUCCUACUUUUUGCUCCUCCGGCGUCCUGCAGGAAAAGCAACGAGAAUUGUACCGAGCUUCUUUACGGAAGCACCGAUGCCCACCGCAAGGCAGCGUGGAGAUCCACGAGGACUCCGAGGAUGGGGGCCAGCACCAGAACUGCAAGACGCACGUCCUGCUCCUCGUCCUGCAUGGGGGCAACAUCUUGGAUGCAGGUGGAGGCGAGCCAAGCAGCAAGGCGGCCGACAUCAACACCUUCACGACGGUCUUUGAAGAGGUGACCCGGGCCCACUUCCCCGCCGCCCUCGGGCACAUCCUGAUCCGGCUGGUCCCCUGCCCGGCCGUCUGUGCUGAAGCCUUCGCCCUCAUGGCAAACCUCAACCCAUACAGCUACGAUGAGACGUCUUUAAGCUGCAGCGAGGACCACAUCCCGCUGGCCGCUUUGCCGCUCCUGGCCAUCUCCUCCCCGAGGUACCAGGAUGCGGUCGCCAUGGUGAUCAGCCGAGCCAACCAGGUCUACAACGAAUUCCUCAAAUCCCCCGACGGGACCGGCUUCAACGGGCAGGUGUGCCUCAUUGGCGACUGCGUGGGGGCCAUCCUGGGAUUCGAUGCCAUCUGCUACAGUACCGGCCUGGCGGACGAAAGCCAAGCCAGCAGCCGAAGGGGCAGCACCAGCAGUGCCCAGGACAGUUCCCUCUCUGCAGAAGACUCAAACCUGGGGGAUCUCAAGCGCCUCAGCAAGAGCAAUAUUGACAUCUCGGGCAUGGUGGAAAACGAGGAGCCCCAGCAACUGUUGCCGCGGAAACAGAGCGACGGCUCCGUCUACGAGUGUGACGCCAUUGCGCAGCACCACGCUUUCCUGUCCAGCAUCCAUUCAACGAUGCUGGACGAGGAUUUUCCACCAGAGAACUCCUCCAACCUGUCGUCGGAUGUCAAUCUGGGGCGUUUUGAUUUUGACGUGUCCGACUUCUUCCUCUUUGGGUCUCCUCUGGGCUUGGUCCUGGCCAUGAGGAGAACGGUCUUGCCCGCUCUGGAAGUCUCCCAGGUCCAUCCAGCCUGCAGUCAAGUUUACAGCCUCUUCCACUCCGCCGACCCGUCAGCUUCCCGACUGGAGCCGCUGCUGGAAAGUAAAUUCCACCUCCUGCCCCCGUUUCCUGUGCCGAGGUACCAGAGAUACCCUCUGGGAGAUGGGAGGUCCCACCUCUUAGCCGACACGCUCCAUGCUCACAGCGCCACCUUCGCCAGCAAGGAACCCGCCCAGGCCCCCUCAGCGGUGGAGACCUCCUCGGAGGUCUCCGGCGCGUUGGAAGCAAAGGCCCGAAGUGAGAGCCUCGGUAGCAUCGAGAGUGAGAGUUCGGGGUCCACGGAGAGCCUGGGGCCCACCAGCUUGACCCACAUUACGGCCAAAUGGUGGGGGACCAAGCGGAUUGACUACGCCUUGUACUGCCCGGACGUCCUCAUGGCUUUCCCGACGGUGGCUCUGCCUCACCUCUUCCACGCCAGCUAUUGGGAAUCGACGGACGUGGUGGCUUUUAUCCUCAGACAGGUGAUGAGAUUCGAAACCACCAGCGUCAAGGAGAGCAGCGCGUUGGAGCCCGGCGCGCUCGGCCCCUCGAACCCGCGGGAGAAGUGGCUGCGCAAGAGGACUCAAGUCAAACUCAGGAAUGUCACUUCGAACCACCGGUCGAACGACGUCAUUGCGGCUGAAGGUGGGCCCCAGGUCCUGGUUGGCCGCUUCAUGUACGGCCCGCUGGACAUGGUGGCCUUAACAGGGGAGAAGGUCGACAUCUUUGUCUUGACGGAGCCUUCCUCGGGGCGGUGGGUCUACUUUGACACGGAAAUCACCAACAGUAGUGGCAGGAUCUCCUACAACAUCCCUAAGGAGAAGAGGCUGCUGGUCGGCGUCUACCCUAUUAAGAUGGUGGUCAGGGGAGACCAGAGCAGUGCCGUCAGCUACCUGACCGUCCUCCCCCGUGGGAUGGAGUGUGUGGUCUUCAGCAUCGACGGCUCCUUUGCAGCGAGCGUCUCCAUCAUGGGCAGUGACCCCAAAGUCCGAGCGGGAGCGGUGGACGUGGUCAGACACUGGCAGGAUCUGGGGUACCUCAUCCUCUACAUCACGGGGCGCCCCGAUAUGCAGAAGCAGCGAGUGGUCUCCUGGCUCUCCCAGCACAACUUCCCUCAAGGGAUGAUCUUCUUCUCCGACGGGCUGGUCCAUGACCCCCUCCGGCAGAAAACCAUUUUCCUCCGAAAUCUCGUGCAAGAGAGCCACAUCAAGAUCUGCGCCGCCUACGGCUCCAUGAAGGACAUCUCCGUCUACAACGUCCUGGGCCUCACGCCCUCCCAGAUCUACAACCCCCUCCUCCUCCACAAGCCCUGGAGGACCCAGGAGAAGGGCAAGGGGGCAAGCCACAUCAAGAUCUGCGCCGCCUACGGCUCCAUGAAGGACAUCUCCGUCUACAACGUCCUGGGCCUCACGCCCUCCCAGAUCUACAUUGUGGGCCGGCCGACUAAGAAGUACCAGGGCCAGUGCCAGUUCCUCAGCGAAGGCUACGCUGCCCACCUGGCCUCCUUGCAGUCCAGCCUUCACUCCCGACCCAAGAAGAACAAUUCGCGCAUGAUCCUGCGGAAGGGCAGUUUUGGCCUCCACUCCCAGCCGGAUUUCCUGCGCAAGCGGAACCAUCUCCGGAGGACGAUGUCCGUCCAGCAGCCGGACCCGCCCUCCUUGACCCCCAAGCCGGAGCGUGCCCAGAGUCAGCCUGAGCCGGAGAGGGACCAUGACCGGCACCCGCCUCCGCUGGCGUGGGUCCGAGGGGGCAUCCCUAAGUUUGAACCAGUCCCAUAA